AUGAGACAGUUGCUGGACUUUGUGCUCACAAAGCAAGAAAACCUGCUUCGUAAUAUCUCAGUUAGUGAUAGCCUUGGCUGCAGUGAUCACGAUAUUGUGGAGUUUGUGAUCCAGCUGAGCACACUGAAGACUGCAUCCUCAGCUAUUAAAGGUGCUAUCCAGCUGGGAAUAGGAUACACAGUGGGAAACCUUACAUCAAAACCGGACAGAGAUGUUCUUAUGCAAGACUUCUAUGUAGUGGAAAGUGUCUUUCUACCAAGUGAAGGGAGCAAUCUCACCCCUGCUCAUCAUUACCCUGACUUCAGAUUUAAGACGUACGCACCUCUUGCCUUCCGCUAUUUCAGAGAACUUUUUGGUAUCAAGCCUGAUGACUACUUGUACUCCCUCUGCAGUGAGCCUUUAAUUGAAUUAUCCAACCCAGGUGCCAGUGGGUCCUUAUUUUUUGUAACUAGCGAUGACGAGUUCAUCAUCAAAACAGUUCAACACAAAGAGGCUGAGUUUCUUCAGAAGCUCUUGCCGGGUUAUUAUAUGAAUCUGAACCAGAAUCCAAGGACUCUCCUACCCAAGUUUUAUGGGCUGUACUGUGUUCAGUCAGGAGGCAUUAAUAUUAGAAUUGUUGUAAUGAACAAUGUUUUGCCACGAGCCUUGAAAAUGCAUUUCACGUAUGACUUGAAAGGCUCCACAUACAAACGGAGAGCAUCAAGAAAAGAGAGGGAGAAGUCCAACCCUACAUUCAAAGACUUGGAUUUCUUGCAAGAUAUGCAUGAAGGGUUGUAUUUUGACUCUGAAACACACAGCGCACUAAUGAAAACACUACAGCGGGAUUGUCGGGUUCUAGAAAGUUUUAAGAUCAUGGAUUACAGUCUGCUACUGGGAAUCCACAUACUGAACAGUAACAUGAAUGAAAAAGAGGGAGAGAGUUCCCAGAGUGCAUCAGAUGCAAAACGUCCAGGAGGGCAGAAAGUUCUCUAUUCCACAGCCAUGGAGUCUAUACAGGGCCCUGGAAAGGCGGGAGACUCUGUCACCAGAGAGACAACAAACACAAUGGGAGGUAUUCCAGCUAAAACCCAUAAGGAAGAAAAGUUGCUUCUGUUUAUGGGCAUUAUUGAUAUUCUCCAGUCCUACCGAUUAAUGAAGAAGCUGGAACAUUCUUGGAAAGCUCUUGUUUAUGAUGGGGAUACUGUUUCAGUUCACCGACCAAGUUUUUACGCAGACAGAUUUUUGAAGUUUAUGAGUACAAGAGUUUUCAAGAAAGUUCAAGCUUUAAAGUCUUCACCUUCAAAGAAACGGUGUAACUCCAUCACGGCUUUGAAGGCAACAUCACAAGAAAUAGUGUGUGCCAUUAGCCAAGAGUGGAAGGAUGAAAAGCAUGGCAUUCUUGCUGAAGGACAAAGCUGUGCCAGCCUUGAUGAAGAAGUACUAGGUUCACACCACCGGCCAGAUCUAGUGCCAAGCACUCAAUCUCUGUUUGAAGCGACUUCCCUGGCAACCACAAUUUCUUCUUCUUCCUUGAAUGUAGAUGAGCAUUGUCAACGUGAUCAACCUCUGCUCUAUUCUAGCAGUAAGAGCUCUUUGCCUUCGAGUUCAACAUUCACUUUAGAAGACAGUGCCAUCUAUUUGACUUCAGAACAGAGCACCCUGGAAACGGAAAAUGAUAAUGCUUCAGUUCUGGAUGUCUACUUAGUAAUAAGAAAGAAUACACAAAGAGUAAAACUAAGAGAUGUGGCCAAGGUUAAUGAAGAGCACUUUCUGCAAUCCUCAUUUAAGAAGGACGAAUUUUCUGAGCCUAACAGAUGAAGAGAAAUAAUCAACUGGAUUCAUUCUAAGAAGUGUCAAGAUCUUUGAAAGGAUUGAUGGACUUGGUGAAAAUGACGUGAAACAUUCCACACUCUGCUAUCAUCUGCUGUUGCUUGCUGAACUGUGAAGAACUGUGUAUUCAGGCUGCUUUCUACUGUAUUGCCAAUCACCUUCUAUGGACUUGGAAGUGAUAUUUUCUUAUCAGCUCUCUAGUGGUUUCAUUUGCAUGCAUUCUGUAACUAUGCACUAUUGUCUGCUUUACCUAUUAAAAAUAAGCACAGUGAUUAAAAAAAUUAAUUUCAUUAGUUUUGAUCCUUCAGUUCUAAUCACCUAGGUCCACAUUAAUGGAAAUUGGAAUCAAUGUCAUACAAGAGUUAGGGUAAACCUCUGCACAUACUAUGUGAAAAUGAGCCUCUAAAGAAACUGUCACUGCUGGUGAAAAGGAGAAAAACAAAAUGUUAUUUAUAACAAGGCCUUAUGUUAUGUAUAUAUAUUGUCUUUGAAAUAUUUUUGAUUUUAGUUUAUUUCUUGUAAAAGAGAAAUUAUAUAAUUUAUUUAGCAAAUACUACUGUAAACUAUAGUUUUAUUGAUGAAUAAAAUAUUUUGUUCUCAA